AUGGCGAUGCGAUAUGAGAGAAACGAGGACGCUAUCGGCCCUCAUGGCAUGUACGUUAGCAUAUGCAUUGAUUGUAAUGGCAACAGGCAGGUUCCCUUUCAAGACAACGGUGUAUAUCGAAAUGCCAACGCAAUGAAAGUGAUACUAGACUUGCAUGACGACCGCAUUGACACGUGA